AUGCGGGCUGCCCGAGGCUCCGGCCCCGCCCCCGCACAGGCACCCCCGGGCACCGCGGAGCCCCUCGUCGAAAUCCGAACUCAGCUGGUGGAGCAGUUCAAAUGUCUGGAGCAGCAGUCGGAGUCGCGCCUGCAGCUGCUGCAGGACCUGCAGGAGUUCUUCCGCAGGAAGGCCGAGAUCGAGCUGGAGUACUCCAGGAGCCUGGAGAAACUGGCCGAACGCUUCUCCUCCAAGAUACGCAGCUCUAGAGAGCACCAGUUCAAGAAAGAUCAGCACCUACUUUCCCCUGUGAACUGCUGGUACCUGGUUCUGACGCAGACCCGGCGGGAGAGCAGAGAUCACGCCACCCUGAACGACAUCUUCAUGAACAAUGUCAUCGUCCGGCUGUCGCAGAUCAGCGAGGAUGUCAUCAGGCUCUUUAAAAAGAGUAAGGAGAUUGGCUUACAGAUGCAUGAAGAGCUCCUGAAAGUCACUAACGAGCUUUACACGGUGAUGAAGACCUACCACAUGUACCACGCAGAAAGCAUCAGCGCUGAGAGCAAGCUGAAGGAGGCGGAGAAGCAGGAGGAAAAGCAGUUCAACAAGUCGGGGGACAUCAGCGUGAACCUGCUGCGGCAUGAGGACAGGCCCCAGCGCCGGAGCUCCGUCAAGAAGAUUGAGAAGAUGAAGGAGAAGGCUGUGGGGCGCUGUGGGGCCCUGCAGCAGGAGAAGCUGCGGAAGCGUAAAUACUACAUCCACGACGUCUCGGACCUCAUUGAUUGCUGUGAUCUGGGAUUCCACGCCAGCCUCGCUCGGACCUUCAGGACGUACCUGUCUGCUGAGUACAACCUGGAAACCUCCCGCCACGAGGGCCUGGACAUCAUCGAGAACGCAGUGGACAACCUGGAUGCACGGAGUGACAAGCACACCAUCAUGGACAUGUGCAACCAGGUCUUCUGCCCUCCGCUGAAGUUCGAGUUCCAGCCUCACAUGGGGGACGAGGUGUGCCAGGUCAGCGCCCAGCAGCCUGUGCAGACCGAGUUGCUGAUGCGGUACCACCAGCUGCAGUCGCGACUGGCCACCCUCAAGAUAGAGAACGAAGAGGUACGAAAAACUCUGGAUGCCACAAUGCAGACUUUGCAGGACAUGCUGACGGUGGAGGAUUUUGAUGUUUCAGAUGCCUUCCAGCAUAGUCGCUCCACUGAGUCAGUCAAAUCGGCUGCAUCAGAGACCUACAUGAGUAAAAUAAACAUCGCCAAGAGGAGAGCCAACCAGCAGGAAACUGAAAUGUUCUAUUUUACAAAAUUUAAGGAGUAUUUGAAUGGCAGUAACCUUAUCACCAAGCUCCAGGCUAAACACGACUUGCUGAAGCAGACUCUUGGAGAAGGUGAAAGAGCCGAGUGCGGAACAACCAGGCCCCCAUGUCUUCCCCCUAAGCCACAGAAAAUGAGGAGACCUAGGCCUCUCUCAGUCUAUAAUCAUAAACUCUUUAACGGCAAUAUGGAAACGUUCAUUAAGGACUCGGGACAGGCUAUUCCGCUCGUAGUCGAAAGCUGCAUUCGUUACAUCAAUUUGUACGGCCUCCAGCAGCAGGGCAUUUUCAGAGUUCCUGGCUCCCAGGUGGAAGUCAACGACAUCAAGAAUUCGUUUGAGCGAGGUGAAGAUCCCCUUGCUGAUGAUCAAAACGAACGUGACAUUAAUUCAGUGGCUGGAGUCUUGAAGCUGUAUUUCCGAGGACUGGAAAACCCCCUCUUUCCUAAGGAAAGGUUUCAAGAUUUGAUAUCUACUAUAAAAAUUGAGAACCCCACCGAGAGAGUGCACCAGAUCCAGCAAAUCAUCAUCACUCUGCCCCGGGCUGUCAUCGUUGUCAUGAGAUACCUUUUUGCUUUCCUUAAUCACUUGUCGCAGUACAGCGAUGAGAACAUGAUGGAUCCCUACAACCUGGCCAUCUGCUUUGGGCCCACGCUCAUGCACAUUCCAGAUGGGCAGGAUCCGGUGUCCUGCCAGGCCCAUGUCAAUGAGGUCAUCAAAACCAUCAUCAUUAACCACGAGGGCAUCUUCCCCAGCCACAGAGAGCUGGAAGGACCUGUCUACGAGAAGUGCAUGACCGGAGGGGAGGAGUACUGUGACAGCCCGCACAGCGAGCCAGGCACCAUCGAUGAGGUUGACCAUGACAACGGCACGGAGCCACACACCAGCGAUGACGAAGUGGAGCAGAUUGAAGCCAUAGCAAAGUUUGACUACACUGGACGAUCUCCACGAGAGCUCUCCUUCAAGAAAGGGGCCUCGCUCCUCCUGUACCAUCGGGCAUCAGAAGACUGGUGGGAAGGGAGACAUAAUGGUGUGGAUGGCCUCAUACCCCACCAGUACAUUGUGGUUCAAGACAUGGAUGAUGCCUUCUCCGACAGCCUGAGCCAGAAGGCGGACAGCGAGGCAAGCAGCGGACCACUGUUGGACGAUAAAGCCUCCUCCAAGAACGACAUCCAGUCUCCGACGGAUCAUAUUGUGGACUAUGGCUUUGGGGGAGUAAUGGGCCGAGUGAGAUUGAGGUCUGACGGUGCAGCUAUCCCUCGCCGUCGAAGCGGGGGGGACACCCACAGCCCGCCCCGAGGGAUGGGUCCUGGCCUAGACACUCCUCCUCGAGCAGCGGCCUGCCCUAGCAGCCCCCACAAAAUACCUCUUAACAGGGGCAGGAUUGAGAGUCCCGAAAAGCGCAGAAUGGCGACAUUCGGCAGUGCAGGCAGCAUCAAUUUCCCAGACAGGAAGGCCUUGUCUGAUGGCCACCCGCUGAGAUCAACCUGUGGAUCGACUAGACACAGUAGUCUCGGAGAUCAGAAAUCUCUAGAAGCAGAAGCGCUUGCUGAGGACAUCGAGAAGACCAUGAGCACAGCGCUGAAUGAGCUGCGGGAGCUGGAGAGGCAGAACACAGGCAAGCAGGCCCCGGACGUGGUCCUGGACACGCUGGAGCCCAUGAAGAACCCCCCGAUGGGCGCCGCCAACUCAGAGCCCGCCCCGCCCCUCAAAAAAACUACGGCAGGGGGAGACGCGCGGGAUCUGGCCGUGCCCAGGGCAGCGGCGAUGGUGAUGAUGGUGACGAUGCCCAUUUCCACGGCAACCCAGCAGAGCCCCGUGCAGAAGGUCGUUCCCAUAGCAAAGGGCUGA